AUUUGGCAUGAGCUGUGCCGCCUGGGGGCGCAGUGUGUUUCUCAUGACCACCCUCUCUGCUUGCUGCUGUUGUGCGCAUUUGAGUCUCACUCUCCGACUGCAGUGCACGAAGGAGGAGAGACUCACUUCAGAAUGUCACGAACCGAACAGAUGCACAAAAACCUUCCGGUUUAGACAAAAGGUCUUUCAGGUGGGCCGUCAGGAUGGGGGAAGGGCCUGCAGUCAUGCCUUUGGCUGCUAUUACGCCCGUGCAGCAGAUGCUGGCGUCUGGCACUGGGGCUGUGCUAACAUCUCUUUUUGUCACACCAUUGGAUGUAGUGAAGAUCAGACUUCAAACCCAGCAAACUCCCCUCUAUCAAGCACUAGCAGCGGAUUCAAGGCCCUGGGCUGGGGUCAUCCGCCCUUCAAAAUGGAAAUGUUUCCUCUAUUGUAACGGGUUGAUGGACCAUGUCUAUGUGUGUCAGAAUAUGUCAAGCUGCUCCAGCUGGUACAAAACCCCCACCCAUUUCAGCGGGACUGUGGAUGCAUUUGUUAAGAUCACACGUAAUGAGGGGAUCAGGUCUUUGUGGAGCGGGCUUCCCCCCACACUGGUGAUGGCAGUUCCUGCCACGGUCAUCUACUUCACCUGCUAUGAUCAGCUGCGAGACUUUCUGCGUUACAGCAUGGGCUAUCAAGGGGACCAUAUUCCCCUUAUAGCAGGAGGGUUAGCGAGAUUGGGAGCAGUGUCUGUCAUCAGUCCUCUGGAGUUGGUUCGGACUAAGAUGCAGUCCCGCAGGCUCCCAUACAGCGAGCUGAUGGUGUGUAUCCGCUCGUCUGUGGCUCAGGAUGGCUGGUUAUCUCUCUGGAGAGGCUGGGGUCCCACUGUCCUACGGGACGUGCCCUUUUCAGCCCUGUACUGGUUUAACUAUGAGCUAGUGAAGGCACAGCUGUGUGAGCAGAACAGUGCACCACAGACCUCCUUCACCAUCAGUUUUACAGCCGGGGCCGUCUCAGGAGCUAUCGCUGCAGCUCUGACCCUGCCGUUUGACGUGGUGAAAACGCGCAGGCAAAUCCAGUUAGGGGAAAUGGAUGCUGUCGGAGCAAUCUCUAAUAAGAAACCAGCCUCCACAUGGAACAUGAUGAGGAAUAUCUGGAUUGACAUGGGAUACAGGGGUUUGUUUGCAGGUUUUCUUCCAAGAGUGAUCAAAGUUGCUCCCGCCUGUGCAGUCAUGAUCAGCACUUAUGAGUUUGGGAAGACUUUCUUUCAGAAGCGUAACCUGGAUCAGGCGAGAUGUGGUCUUUGAGAUGGGUGGGAGGACCUGUGGUUUUUCCAGGAUCAAGCCCUGAGGAAGCUGAGAGGGACUCAUUGUCUAUUUUUUUUUUUUUUUUUUUUUUUUUUUUUUUUUACACGCAUAACUCUAAUUGUUGUAAAACUCCUGCUGACUGGCACAAGGAAAAGCUGUGAGACUUUAACUAAUAGUUUGCAUCUGAGAUGUAGGACUUCAGUUAUGAUGCCUCAAUAAAUGCACAAUCCUCCCCAAACCCUGUGAUGCCUUAGGGAACAAUACCAAAGCAUGCUGGCAGAAACAUUACCUCCCCACUAAUGCCCAACUUUUUGAAAUGGCUGCUGGUUGGGUGCAACAUCCAGGUUGUUGAAUCUGCAGUGCUUGACUUGAGUCCCUUUUAUUAAAGAGACAGUGCUGCCCUCUGCUGUUCAUGUUGAGGAAACCUCAGAAUGAAUGCAUAAAAUAGUCUGUACUGAGGUUUAAUAGUCUGUACUGAGGCAGGGGGAAAAAAUAUUACAAAAUGAUUUUUAUAUGUAUUUUUUUUCCUUCAAAAUUUUAAUUAUUCUUAUUUACAAGACUAGUCCACUCUUUUUUAUUUUAUUGCUAUUUUAUAUUUUUUUGUGCAAGCGAUGUCCUUGUGUAGUGGAUGGAUCUGUUAACUACACCUGCAUUUAGUUCCGAUAAAAACAAUCUACUGCUGUAAACAUAGUUCUGACUUGAAAUGAUUAGACAGUGCACAAUUGAUCUAAUAAAAUAGAUUUAAAAACCUCUUCAUCUUAUAAGUUUAAUUUUUAGCCGACUUAACGUGCAUAAUUUCUGUGCAUUUACAUGUGUUAUAGAUUGCAUUUCUGAGUGAAUGUGAAAGAAAGUAUCUAAAAAAAAUAAUUGAAUAUGUAUGUCAGUGAUGGCCCUAAUGAGAUGCGAGCAGAAUGAUUGUUCACUCAAAAAUAAAAAUUCUGUCAUUUCCUCACCCUUA